AUGAAAAUGAUGUCGCUAGCUGCUAAUAAUGCUGAAACCUUUGAAGACGAAGAAGGUUGUUCGAGGCCGUGUCCUAUAGGCGAUUGGAUUGAAGGCGAAGACUUCUGUUAUAAGUUUUUAAGUUCUAUGAACAUUAAAAACUACGUCGAUGCUUUAUCACAAUGUCGAGAGUAUUUCACUAUGAUCGGAAAAGACGAUCUAGAAUCACCGGAGACUGUAAAGUUGUUAAAAAAUGCCAGUAAAAUUGCUAUGGUGAACAACUUAAUUUACGUUUACGCUGAACUGACAGAAUCUUACAAAAAAGCUCGGGCAGUGGAUGUAAUUAGCCUACUUAAUUCAACCGCUUAUAAGCUCAUAAAACUGUACAGUUGGCCAAACGACAAAAAAGCAAAGAAUGUUGAUGCUAUUUGUAAGAUUCCCAAAUACUGUAUGAGCCCAAAAUGUUACUUCAAAGACUUUCAAAGCGAUUAUGCCAGACAAAAGUACAUUGUUUUACCACCGUAUCAUUCGCUUAGUAUCAGUCAAGAAGUGGUGCUUCCUUGUCUUGCCAAUCGGCAAGUAACCACAUACCAAUCAUAUAGUUGCAAUAUUGAUGGACGUUUUGAACCACCUCUUUCUGAAAAAGUCUGCGAUGAAAGUACAAGAACUGACUUGUUUUUGGAUCUUGAGAGAAACGAAUUCAAAACUUCAUGUGGUCAAUGUUACCCUAUAGGUACAAGUAAGUGUGUACAGUUACGACCAGGAGUAGUUAAGUGCAAAUGUAAAGAUGGAUGGAAGAUGGCUGCUUGUUGGAAAUCACCACAAUUUUGUGAUGAAAUCGAAUGUGGAAAUCAUGGAAAAUGUGUAGAAAAAGUUGAUCAUGGUAUUUGCGUAUGUCAAAGUGGAUGGACUGGUUCAGCUUGUUCGAUCAAUCCGAACCUACUGUUCAGUUUUGGAAUGAGUAACGAUACAGAUCCACUCGUAUGGAAUUUUAACAGCGUUCAGUAUGGAUUACUCUUUCUGAUUGCUGUCACAUCACUUACGCUCCUAAUUCACCACUACUAUUAUGCUGAAUGUGAUACCGAAACAGAUUAUCCACACGAGAUGCUACAAAACCAUCGGCUUCGAAUGGUUUUUUUUGGUGCACUAUUUAGUUUCUUGUUUCGACAUCCAGGAUUUUUUAACCUAGAUUCCACUUACGGAGCUCGACUAUACAACUUUCUUAUCAACGUUUUCUUCACAACUGGUCAAUGUUUUUAUGUAAAAGAGGCGACAAAUGUGCUCAGAUUUGUGGGUGGCGAACAUAUUGAUGCUUGGGAUAAAGCGCUGUAUAAUAAUCCAAAAAUGAAAUACUUGAUGAUUGUACCGCCUUGUUACUUAUACGGAACCGCUAUGGUGUCUCUCAUAACCGCUCUACACUGGAAGAACGUAGCAAAACCUUGGGCCAUACUUGGAGCUUUUGAUGAGAUUUCUCUUAACUUUAUUAUAAGCCUAGCAGUUUUAAAUUUUACAGCUCUUCUUGCAGCAGUUAGCACAGUCGAAACCAUAUUCUAUGUUAAAAAAUGUCAACCAUACUUGUAUCUUACUACAGUAAAGUUUUUUGUCGAUAAAUUACCAUAUGAACUUGGGAAGCGACUCGUACCGCUUGAUCGAACCCCACCAUUUAUAGUACUUGGAUCAGUGCUGCAUUUUUUAACUUGGUGCGCUACAACAGUUUUCGUUCUUUAUGGAAUAUGUAUCAUUUUACAAACUCUCUUAACACUAUCGUCAGUUAACAAGCAUGCCACUGUUCUUGCCAUGAUACUGCUACCAAAAUCUUCAGCUCCAAAAUAUGAAUUUCAUGACAUGAAAUUUCGAAAAGAAGUUCUAGGUGAAUGUAACUCAAAAAAAUAUAAGUCUGAAACUGCAUCUGAAGAAGAGAAACUGAAACAGAUUAAAAGCGGUACUCGCCAACAGCUUGAAUUAAUGAAUGAAGGAUUAGUUAAGAAAUUCGGUGACUUGCCAGCUGAGCUGAGGCAUCAAAAACCCGACGAUCCUCCUUUUCCGAUAACACCAUUUACUCAAUUUUCGCCUUGUAAUCGAGACUAUAUACCGGUGUUUUAUUGUCAAAUGUUAUGGAAAGAAAUGACAAGUCAUUAUGUUAUUUGCCGGACCAGUGGAAUGUCACAAGACGAAGCCCUUAACCAUACAAAAAACCUUGACUUUUCUUACGACGACUACCAUGCAGAAAUAACUUCUCAAAGGCUGUUCGUCUGGGAUCGCUGGUUUCUUGGCAUCAAAAGUGCUGACAGAUUAUUUGAUAAAAUUUCACCCAAAAAAGUAAAGUACUGCUUGCCUGCCGAAAACGAUAACACAGAUGUAAAAUACUAUAAAAAAGUACUGAAACUUGUCUACAAAGAUGGUGAGACUACUCCAGUACAUAAGAAGACUUUGCUGAAAGAAAUAGAAAACGAGGUGGACCGCCGGAAUAAACCGUUUGAUGCUCUGUAUUCUAACGAUUUAAUUGUUGAACACUUAGGAAGCAAAUACAGCAAUGUUUUGAUAAAUGAACUGCUGAACGUCCAGCCUGGCUAUCUAUGCGAUGUCUCCUCCGAUGCAACUGGCAAUAACAUUCAAGCAAAUCCACGCAAACGUCCAAUUGAUGAAUUUUGGCUUGACGCAGAUCUCCCUGGUUUCAUUGGUCCUUUGAAAAGCACUUCCUGGGAUACCUCACUGUUCUCUCCGGAUAAGCGUACAAAUGAAUUCUUCAACAAGAUAUUGCAAAAAAAGUGGGAAGGAGCUGUUAACGACGACGUAGAGUAUCAGACAGCGGGCACUUAUAUGAGAAGUGAGUUCCACUAUUCUUAA